AUGUCUGACACAGAACAUGAACCAACAACUGAGAAGCCUCCUCAACCGGUCGCUGACGAUUCCUCGGAGUCGGAUGACGACGAUAUCGACGCUUUGAUCGACGAAUUGCAGUCGCAUCACGGUCUGGAUGACGACGACAGUGACUCGGAGGACGACGGGCCAGCCGCUGCAGGUGAGGCCAGAGUCGUGCCAGAGGAGCUGUUGCAAACGGACCCAUCGUACGGUUUGAGCUCGGAUGACGUUGUCAAGAGAAGAAAGAAGUACGGUUUGAAUCAAAUGGCUGAAGAAAACGAGAACUUGGUGGUCAAGUUUUUGGGUUUCUUCAUCGGUCCUAUCCAGUUCGUUAUGGAGGCGGCAGCUAUUUUGGCCGCUGGUUUGGAAGAUUGGGUCGAUUUUGGUGUUAUCUGUGGUCUGUUGAUGCUUAACGCGGGUGUUGGUUUCAUCCAGGAAUACCAGGCCGGUUCGAUUGUCGAUGAGUUGAAGAAGACUUUGUCCAACUCCGCCGUUGUCAUUAGAGACGGAGAGUUGAUCGAGAUCCCUGCUAAUGAAAUUGUCCCUGGUGAGAUCUUGCAGUUGGAAGACGGUGUUGUUAUUCCAGCUGACGGUCGUUUGGUUACUGAAGAUUGUUUCAUCCAGAUCGAUCAAUCUGCUAUCACCGGUGAGUCUCUUGCUGUCGACAAACAUUAUGGUGACCAGGCGUUCUCUUCGUCCACUGUUAAGAGAGGUGAGGGUUUCAUGAUUGUUACUGCCACUGGUGACAACACUUUUGUCGGUAGAGCUGCUGCUUUGGUCAACAAGGCUGCUGGUGGUCAAGGUCAUUUCACUGAAGUGUUGAACGGUAUCGGUAUCAUUCUGUUGGUUUUGGUCAUUAUCACCUUGUUGUUGAUCUGGACUGCUUGUUUCUACAGAACCGUCCGUAUCGUUCCAAUUCUAAGAUACUCUUUGGGUAUCACCAUUGUCGGUGUUCCAGUCGGUUUGCCAGCUGUCGUUACCACUACCAUGGCUGUUGGUGCUGCUUACUUGGCCAAGAAGGAUGCCAUUGUUCAAAAGUUGUCUGCUAUUGAGUCCCUGGCCGGUGUCGAAAUUUUGUGUUCCGACAAAACUGGUACUUUGACCAAGAACAAAUUGUCGUUGCACGAACCAUACACCGUUGAAGGUGUUUCUGCUGACGAUUUGAUGUUGACUGCUUGUUUGGCUGCUUCCAGAAAGAAGAAGGGUUUGGACGCUAUCGAUAAGGCUUUCUUGAAGUCCUUGAUUGAAUAUCCAAAGGCUAAGAAUGCUUUGACCAAAUACAAGGUUCUAGAAUUCCAUCCAUUUGACCCUGUCUCCAAGAAGGUUACCGCUGUUGUCCAAUCUCCAGAAGGUGAAAGAAUUGUUUGUGUUAAGGGUGCUCCAUUAUUUGUUUUGAAAACUGUUGAAGAAGAUCAUCCAAUUCCAGAAGAUGUUCAUGAAAACUACGAAAAUAAAGUUGCUGAAUUAGCUUCAAGAGGUUUCAGAGCUUUGGGUGUUGCAAGAAAGAGAGGUGAAGGUCACUGGGAAAUCUUAGGUGUUAUGCCAUGUAUGGAUCCUCCAAGAGAUGACACUGCUGAAACUGUUGCCGAGGCAAGACGUUUAGGUUUGAGAGUUAAGAUGUUAACUGGUGAUGCCGUCGGUAUCGCUAAGGAAACUUGUAGACAAUUAGGUUUGGGUACCAACAUUUACAAUGCUGAAAGAUUAGGUCUUGGUGGCGGUGGUGACAUGCCAGGUUCUGAAUUAGCUGACUUUGUUGAAAAUGCCGAUGGUUUUGCUGAAGUUUUCCCACAACAUAAGUAUAGAGUCGUUGAAAUCUUGCAAAACAGAGGUUAUUUGGUUGCCAUGACUGGUGAUGGUGUUAACGAUGCUCCUUCUUUGAAGAAAGCUGAUACCGGUAUUGCUGUCGAGGGUGCCACUGAUGCUGCUAGAUCUGCUUCUGAUAUUGUCUUCUUGGCUCCUGGUUUAUCCGCUAUUAUCGAUGCUUUGAAAUGUUCUAGACAAAUUUUCCACAGAAUGUAUUCUUACGUCGUUUAUCGUAUCGCUUUAUCAUUACAUUUGGAAAUCUUUUUGGGUCUAUGGAUUGCUAUUUUGAAUCACUCUUUGAACAUUGAUUUGAUUGUUUUCAUUGCUAUCUUUGCUGAUGUUGCUACUUUGGCUAUUGCUUAUGACAAUGCUCCAUUUUCUCAAAAGCCUGUUAAAUGGAACUUACCAAGAUUAUGGGGUAUGUCUAUUUUCUUGGGUAUUAUCUUAGCUGUUGGAACUUGGAUUGCUUUGACCACUAUGUUCUUACCAAAGGGUGGUAUCAUUCAAAAUUUCGGUUCUAUUGAUGGUAUUUUGUUCUUGGAAAUUUCUUUGACUGAAAACUGGUUGAUUUUCAUUACAAGAGCUGUUGGUCCUUUCUGGUCCUCUGUUCCAUCUUGGCAAUUAGCCGGUGCUGUGUUCGGUGUUGAUAUCAUUGCAACUAUGUUCACUUUAUUCGGCUGGUGGUCUCAAAACUGGACUGACAUUGUUUCUGUCGUCCGUGUUUACAUCUGGUCUGUUGGUGUCUUCUGUGUUAUGGGUGGUGCAUACUAUUUGAUGUCUGAAUCUGAAACUUUCGACAAAUUGAUGAAUGGUAAACCAUUGAAGGAAGAAAAAUCUACCAGAUCUGUUGAAGAUUUCUUAGCUGCUAUGCAAAGAGUAUCUACUCAACAUGAAAAGGAACAUUAA